CAGCAUAUAUAGAUAUAUAUGAAUAUUUAUAUAUGUAUAUAUAGACCGAUUUAUGCCCGCACUAAGAAACCAACCAAAAUAAAGAAAAAAUAAGAUAAACCAACCAUCCCCCCUUCCAACCAACCCCAUCACGAGAUACAUCCUGAACGCGCUGAAUAUAUAUAUAUAUCGAGAGAGACUGGUUAACAAUAAUCAAUAGAGAACAUACAAGAAAUUUAUGCCCAGUCUGAGUUGAUAUAAAGUUACUCAAACAAAGAGAACAUCGCGGACGAAGAAGGAGGAGAAUUAAGAAGGAGAAGCAGCAGGAUUAGCAGUAACUGUAGCAAAACGCGCACAUCAACGCAAGGAGAGACGCCAAGCAAAACAAAUUUAAUGAACGGGAACGAAAGGCAAAGCAAAAACAAAAUAGCCGCUAAAGUCUGCAUAUUGGCUAAGCCAAUUCUUCUACUCAGUCACGGACGACGACAAUUGGAAUUAACCGAACGGUGAGCAGCAUCUUCAUCAUAAGCGCCAUCCACAGUCGAGCUGACAGAGAGAUACACACGGAGCGAGCAUCUCAUAUCCAGGAAAGCAACAUCCAAGUGCAUAACAGGAACAGAAGCUGCACCAAGUCUUAAGCAAGAUUAUUAGAAUCAGUUGCAACAAGUUUUGUUCUAUUCCAAAAAGAAGCGAGAAUCGACUACAACAGCCACAAAAUGGCCACUGUCAAUGUAAAUCGCAGUGUCACGGACAUUUUCUACCGCUACAAAAUGCCACGUCUUCAAGCUAAGGUAGAGGGCAAGGGUAAUGGCAUCAAGACCGUGCUGGUCAAUAUGGCCGAUGUGGCACGUGCCAUUGGUCGUCCGGCCACCUAUCCAACCAAGUACUUUGGCUGUGAAUUGGGAGCCCAGACAUUGUUUGAUCAUAAGAACGAACGUUUUAUUGUCAAUGGAUCGCAUGAUGUGAACAAACUGCAGGAUCUGCUCGAUGGCUUCAUACGCAAGUUUGUGCUGUGCCCCGAAUGUGAUAAUCCGGAAACUAAUUUGACUGUAUCGGCGAAAAAUCAGACCAUUUCGCAAUCAUGCAAAGCAUGCGGUUUUCAUGGUCUCCUCAAGGUUAAUCACAAAGUCAAUACGUUCAUUGUGAAGAAUCCACCAUCGCAGAAUCCGGCCGUCCAAGGCUCCUCAUUGACCGAGGGUAAGCGCUCCAAGAAGCAAAAGAAACAGAACGAGAACUCUGAUGGCUCCAUAUCCAACAAUUCGAUGGCCAAUAAUUCUGGCGGUGAGUCUGAUGGUGGCAAUGGAACCAACCAGGCCAGCCAGACGGAGGCCGAAAUUUCGGCUGCCAUCCCAGAGAAGAGCAACACUGAGGAUGAUGAUGAUGGCGGUUGGAGUGUCGACGUAUCAAAGGAGGCCAUUCGUGCCCGCUUGCAGGAUUUGACUGAUGGCGCCAAGGGUAUGACCAUUUCGGAUGAUUACGAUAAGACCGAAAAGGAGCGCAUCGACAUCUUUUAUGAGCUAGUGAAGAACAAACGCGACAAGAAGCAAUUGGAUGAUGUUCCUACGCACAAGGAGCUGCUGAUCGAAGCCGAACGUCUUGAUAUUGUGAACAAGGCUCCAUUGGUUCUAGCCGAGCUUCUCUUCACGGAGAACAUUAUCAAUGAUGUGCGCAAGAAUCGCAUUCUGUUGCUCCGCUUCACUCACAACAAUCCGAAAGCUCAACGCUAUUUGAUCGGCGGCAUUGAACAAACUGUUGAGCUGCAUACCAACAACCUGAUGAGUAAGGUGGCUGGCAUAUUCAAAAUCUUUUAUGACUUGGACAUUCUGGAUGAGAAGGUCAUCUUGGAUUGGGCUCAGAAGGUUAGCAAGCGUCACGUGUCCAAGAAGAUUGCCACAGAGAUACACGAGAAAGUCGAACCGUUUGUGCAGUGGCUCAAGGAUGCCGAAGAAGAGGACUCUUCUUCCGAAGAUGAAGACGGCGCUGGUGGCGAUUCAGAUGUUGAGAUCGAGUACAAUGAUCGAGCUCGUGUCGAACCAUUGAAGGUGGCAGCUGUCGCUGUCGGAGCUCCUGUUAACAGGAAGAAUGCCCAAGACGAAGAGGAUGGCGAUGAGAUCGACAUUGAUGAGAUCUAAAUGGGGAUCGACAUUUGGCUCAGUAAUCCACCAGCAAGUCAACAGCAGUUAAAUGACCCAAGGAGAGCAGAGCACGUUAUUAGGUCAUUAGAAAAUAAGAAAAUCUAUUGCUUCAUUUCAUAAGUUGACAAAAUCCUGAGCCAAGAGUAUAAGCAGCAUCUCAAAACGAUUCACUGUAACCGCAGACACUAAAGUAAAAUAAAUUUAGAUGGAUUACCUAAACACCUUCACCAUAACCACCACAACCAUCCACAAAUUCUCACAGACUGUAACCGCGAGCACACACACACUCUCAGAUACUACUACAAACAACAAUAGAAAUCCAGUCAGAGUUCAAUUAUAAAUUUGAUUUCUUUUAA